UGUCAACCACGGUGGAUCUAUCUGCAACAAUCCUUAUCAAAAAGAACAGAGAGAAAGAGAGAGAGAACGGAAAUGGAGCCAACUGAAGGUACUUAUGAGUAUUAUGACUACGAGGAGACGGAGAACUCCACCAUGUGUGACUAUUCUGAGUGGACGCCGUCAUACUCUGUCAUCCCCGUGCUGUACAUGCUCAUCUUCAUCCUUGGUCUCUCUGGAAAUGGGGUGGUCAUCUUCACCGUGUGGAGAGCCCAGGGUAAGCGGCGAGCAGCUGACGUCUACAUUGGCAACCUGGCCCUGGCUGACCUCACCUUUGUGGUCACUCUGCCUCUGUGGGCUGUUUACACAGCCAUGGGCUACCACUGGCCCUUUGGAGUGGCUCUGUGUAAGAUCAGCAGCUACGUGGUCCUGCUCAACAUGUACGCCAGCGUCUUCUGCCUCACCUGCAUGAGCUUCGACCGCUACCUGGCCAUCGUCCACUCAUUGUCCAGCACCCAGCUGCGCACUCGUGGCCACAUGCGAGGCUCCCUGACAGCCAUCUGGCUGCUGUCCGGUCUCCUGGCUGCCCCGACUCUGGUCUUCCGCACCACCAAGUACGAUCUGACCAGCAACCGCACAUCCUGCGCCAUGGACUUCAGCCUGGUGGUGAGAAGCAAGCAGCAAGAGAACCUGUGGAUCGCUGGCCUCAGCAUGUCCUCUUCAGCUCUGGGCUUUCUUCUGCCAUUCUUGGCAAUGAUGGUGUGCUACGGCUUCAUCGGCUGCACUGUCACCCGCCACUUCAACACUCUGCGCAAAGAGGACCAGCGUAAGAGGAGGCUGCUGAAGAUCAUCACCACGCUGGUAGUGGUGUUCGCCGCCUGCUGGAUGCCCUUCCACGUGGUGAAGAGUGCUGACGCCCUCUCAUACCUGGACCUGUUUCCAGACACCUGUGCCUUCCUGCGCUUCCUGCUGCUGGCUCACCCGUACGCCACCUGCCUGGCCUACAUCAACAGCUGCCUCAACCCCUUUCUUUACGCCUUCUUCGACCUGCGCUUCAGAUCCCAGUGCCUGUGCCUACUCAACCUGAAGAAGUCCUUGCAUGCGAGCCCUGCCAGCUCCCUGUCCUCUCAGAAGACAGAGGCACAGUCUCUGGCCACCAAGGUGUGACAUCAGCUGAGGGCCCAGAGGCAUGCUGGGGAAGAGGAGAGGUGAACAAUGCACAGCAAUGCAGCACUUGAGGUGUGAUAUCUACCAGACUACCCCGCUCUCCAGUUCAAUCUGUAGUAUCUGCACAGCCAGCAGUGUCAAACGUCUGUGUGUGUGUGUGUUUGUGUGAAGGAAGGGUGCGCCAUCUGAUGAGAGGUGUUAGAGUCUGAUAAGAGCGUUGUAAGGGAAGAUGAAAAGAGUGUGUGUGUUGAG